UCCUCCAGUCUUCAAUUCAAACCCCUUCUCUCCUACCGCGAUACGAAACCGAAUCUACAUGAGCUUCCAAUUCCACGGAUCGAAAUCAAUCCAAUUCCCAAUCGGAGUCAGCUGAAUUCGAAUUGAUGCUGCUGAGAAUCGUCAAUUCAGGUUAUUAUCAUCUCCUAAUUUGGCUCACCGACGAAUAUUCAACGCCUAUAUGGGCAGUUUUGAUCGCCGGUACCUUCGUCGUCGUCACUCUCACCCUCUCCAUAUACCUCAUGUUCGAGCAUUUGUCCGCCUACAAGAAUCCCGAGGAGCAAAAGUUUCUCAUAGGAGUGGUACUCAUGGUUCCAUGCUAUGCUGUUGAAUCAUUUGUUUCAAUGGUACACCCAGCAAUUAGUGUUGAUGUUGGGAUUGCUCGUGAUUGCUACGAGUCCUUUGCCAUGUAUUGCUUUGGGAGGUAUCUAAUUGCUUGUUUAGGCGGAGAAGAGAGGGCAAUUGAGUUUAUGAGGAGGGAAGGGCGUGCAGGUAUGAAAGCACCCUUACUAGAUGAUCAUGGUCAUGAAAGGGGAAUUGUGAGGCAUCCCUUUCCGAUGAACUAUAUCUUGAAGCCUUGGAAACUUGGUCAGUGGGUUUUUCAGGUUAUCAAGUUUGGAAUUGUUCAGUAUAUGAUAAUAAAAGCAUUGACCGCAAUUUCAGCAGUAAUUCUCGAAGCUUUUGAUGUGUAUUGUGAAGGAGACUUCAAAUGGAAUUGUGGGUACCCGUAUAUGGCUGUGGUUUUAAAUUUCAGUCAGUCAUGGGCUUUGUAUUGUUUGGUUCAUUUUUAUGCCAUCACAAAAAAUGAAUUGGCGCACAUCAAACCACUGUACAAGUUUCUGACAUUCAAGUCAAUUGUGUUCUUAACUUGGUGGCAAGGUGUUGCAAUAGCUCUUUUUUAUGCCGUUGGCUUAUUUAAAAGUCCAAUAGCUGAGUCCUUGCAAUUUAAAUCAAGUGUUCAGGACUUCAUCAUCUGCAUAGAGAUGGGUCUUGCUUCUGUGGUUCACCUUUAUGUUUUCCCAGCAACGCCUUAUGAGUUAAUGGGAGAUCGCUUUUCUGGAAGUGUUGCAGUCCUCGGAGAUUAUGCAUCCGUGGAUUGUCCUCUGGACCCAGAUGAAGUUAGGGAUAGUGAACGCCCCACAAAGCUGCGCCUUCCUCAACCCGACUAUGAAGCCAGAAGUGGAAUGACAAUUAGAGAGAGCGUUAAGGAUGUUUUUCUCGGGGGUGGUGAAUAUAUUGUGAAUGAUGUGAAGUUCACAGUCACUCAAGCAGUAGAGCCAGUAGAGAAAGGAAUCACUAAGUUUAACCAAAAGCUGCAUAAGAUCUCCGAGAACAUAAAGAAGGAAAAGAGAACCAAGGACGACAGUUGCAUUUCCUCGGCAAAGGCAGUGAUCCGAGGAAUUGACGAUCCCCUCCUUAUUGGGAGCUUCAGCGACAGCAGUAGUAGCUCGAAGAGGAAGAAGCACCGACGCAAAUCCGGGUACACCAGUGCAGAGAGCGGCAACGAAAGCAGCAUCGACACUGCAUUUGGUGGUUACAAGAUUCAUGGCCGUCGAUGGCUCGUCAAAGAUUAGUAAUAUCAGUUCAAUUUCCGGCGAACCGACAAUGCACCGCCACCACAAUGGUGGUUCCGAUAGCUGAGACGAUGCUGUUAUGUAUCUGGUGCUUGAUGAUCAGAGGAAUGAAUUCCACGAGCUAUUGCAAAAGGCUGUAGAUUUUUUCCUCUUUUUGAAAUUAUUGUAUAGAGAAGAACGAAUGAAAAAACUCUUCUAUUUGUCACACUCUACUCUACAUAGAGAAGAAACUGAUGUUUGGUGAGGAAGAUAUUGAUUUCUUUGUACAAGAAGUAGAAUAAAUAAAUUAUGGGUGACGUAAUUAAUAGGAUUA